GAGGGCGCUGUGCCGGGCCGGGCCGUGCCGAGCCGCGCCGGGCGGCGGGAGCUGCGCCGCGUCCGCACCGGGCCACGCCUGGGGCUGCGAGCGGGGCACCGGCACCGGCACCUCCCGGCCACGCCUGGGGCUGCGAGCGGGGCACCGGGACCCGCACCGGGACCGGGACCGCCGAGCCGCGCUGGGCUGAGAGCGGGGCACCGGCACCGGGGCUCGCACAGGGAUCGGGACCGGCGCUCCCGGGCCACGCUUGGGGCCGCAGCGAGCCGGACACCGGCAGCGGGACCGGGAGCUGGACUUGCGAGCCGCGCGUGGGCUGCGAGCCCGACACCGGCACCGGGAGCCGCUCCGCGCCGGGACAGCGUUAAUUUGGGGAGCUCAGGCCUGGAAGCAUCACUGUCCCUCCCCACUCGCAGCCAGCUCCUCCCCACGCCGUGCCACCCCGAGCAGGUGUCCCCAUGGAGUGACCCGGGGCCCCCGGCAGCUGUGCCAGCGCGGGGCGACGCUGGCUGCCACCACCAUGAGUGACUUCUGGCACAAGCUGGGCUGCUGCGUCGUGGAGAAGCCGCAGCCCAAGAAGAGGAGGAGAAGGAUCGACCGCUCCAUGAUCGGGGAGCCCAUGAACUUCGUGCACCUGACGCACAUCGGCUCCGGGGACAUGGCUGCGGGAGAGGGGCUGCCCAUGACCGGUGCUGUCCAGGAGAUGAGGUCCAAGGGCGGCCGGGAGCGACAGUGGAGCAACUCCCGUGUGUUGUAGCGUAUUCCUGGCUUUUUCAGCCCAAACUUGAACUGCCUGACCCCCCCGCUGGAGGAGAAGCCGACCUGGAGUGCUUUAGCCCCGCGGUAUUUAUGCAGCACCAUCCUCGCCCGGCUCCCGGUGACUUUGGGUCGUCAUCCCUCUGGAAAACCCCUCCUUCCCGGAGGUGCUGGCUGGUGCCAUGGGGAGGGAGCAGGGACAGCAGCCCCCAUCUCCUGCCCCGCCUGGAAAGGACACAGCCACCCCCUGAAGCGUGCCAGGAGCUGCCAGGCGCAGCCCACGCGUCCCAAAUCCUCCCAGUUUUCUCUUUUCUUGCUCCCGUGGGCUGCGUGGUGGUGCCUCAGUUUCCCCAGGGAGCCAGCCAUGGUGCAGAGGCAGCUUUGAUGCCUCCCAGAACACCACAGAGGAGCAAAACCAGGAUUAAGCCCUGAUAUUCUGGUGCCAAACCAGAGUUAAACCCAAGAUGUCCUGGUGCCAAACCAGGAUUCGAUGUCAAACUGGGCUUAAACCCCAAAUCCUUGGAGCAGAACCGGGAUUAACCCCAAUGCUUCGGUGCCAAACCAGGAUCUGACCCCACAGUGCCUCCAGCCGGCAUUCCACCGCCGCCAAACUCCCACUCCCCCCUUUUUUUAGGAUCUGUUCUUAUUUUUAAGCUCCACAACCCACCUGAGCGGCCUCCAUCACCUCGGGCAGGACCGUGGUGGGGUCCCCUCCACCCGGGAUUGUCCCCAGCCCUGGCUGAGGCUGGACAAGGCCUGGCCUGAGAAGGGCUCUGGAAUUCAGGCGCGGGUGUACAUAGUUUAAUUAGCGCCAGGAUUAAAUAUUAAAUAGCA